AUGGCCACAUCCGGCUCGUCCGUCCAUCGGCUAAGACCAACGACACACACAGCUGAUGAGACUAUUGGUCAGCACAACAAACGCAUCAUCACACCUCAGACUGUCUGUAGCACCACCAUAACCUGUGGUUCAGCAUCUAGCACUGUAAAUUUGGGUGCAGUGGAUGAAGGAUAUACAGGUAGCACCACCAUAACCUGUGGUUCAGCAUCUAGCACUGUAAAUUUGGGUGCAGUGGAUGAAGGAUAUACAGGUGAUGUGGAGUUGGUGUCCGGUAUCCCAGCUGGUACUAGUGUGAGAUUGGAGCUUGAUAUUUAUCCUGAGCAUCUUCAGUUUCUGGAGUUGAACUUCACUUCAGGGGAAACCACAGUGACUGUUCGCACCAAGAAGCCGCUCGACGCCGAGGCCAAUAUAUUCUUUACGCCUGAGAGAAUUUUGCACUACAGCUUAGUGUGCAAUAAUGAUGUGACAUACAAAAACUCCCGCAGGUUGAUAAUCAAUGAUAUAAAUGACAACAGUCCAGUAUUUGAGAAGAAGUUUUAUUCUCAAAACGUUUCAGAGAGUGAGGUUGUGAACACCGAGGUUCUGCGAGUGAGAGCUGUGGAUGCAGACAUCACACCUGAAUUCAGCACCCUGACGUAUAGCUAUACUCCAGUAACACCAGACUUUUCCUUAUCAAACUCCGGGGCGUUUACAUUAACGAACCCUCUGAACUACAGCAUUGUACCAAAGUACAAUUUUAUUGUCACUGCCACGGACAAUGGCGGAAACAACGACACAACCUCAGUUGAGAUCGUUGUAGAAGACUUUGACAACUUAAAUCCCUUUUUCAGCCACAGUCUCUACCAGGCUGUUGUUCCAGAGAACCAGGACGGGGAUCUCAGUGAAAUACGACCAGAACCAAUAAAGGCCCAAGAUGGAGACACUGGGAUCAACGAGACGAUAACAUACAGCAUCACUUCAGUCUCUCCUGUCGAUUACCAAGCAAACUUCAACAUCGACGCCGACACCGGAGUUCUGACUGUGGUGACGUCGUUUGACAGGGAGGAAAUGGACAGCAGUGAAAUCUCUGUCAGCAUCAAG